UGCUGCUGAGCUGGAGGAGCCUUUUCUGCUCUGCCUGACUCGCUUGGGCUCCUCAACCUUGGGCUGGAGGGCAAGGAGACCCUGGCAAACCCAGGUCACUGUGUAUUAUAAAAACAGGAAGCCCCCAUGGCUCUGACCAAUGCCUUCAAGGCCGUCACCAACACACCUGGACUCCUCAUCUGGAGAAUUGAGAAAAUGGAUCUAAUAUUGGUGCCUCCGAAAGCUCAUGGCAGCUUCUUUGAAGGUGAUUGCUACGUUCUCCUCUCAACCCGUAAAUCAGGCACCACCACCACAUCCUAUGACAUCCACUACUGGAUCGGAAAAUACUCUUCACAAGAUGAGCAGGGCUGUGCUGCCAUCUAUACCACCCAACUGGAUGACUAUCUGGGUGGGACGCCUGUGCAGCACCGAGAAAUACAGGGCUAUGAGUCUGAACUCUUCAGGGGCUACUUCAAGCAGGGGGUCAUCUACAAGAAGGGGGGUGUUGCAUCUGGGCUGAACCAUGUGGAAACCAAUUUCUACGAUGUCAACCGGCUCUUGCAUGUCAAAGGCAAAAGGAAUGUCAUGGCUACAGAGGUGGAGAGGAGCUGGGACAGCUUUAACGUUGGUGACGUCUUCUUGCUGGAUCUGGGCAAAAUCAUUGUGCAAUGGAAUGGGCCAGAGAGCAACAAAGAGGAGCGCAUGAAGGGGAUGCUUCUUGCCAAAGACAUCCGUGACAGAGAGAGGGGAGGCAGGGCUGAGAUCGGGGUGGUGGAGGGGGACGAGGAAGAAGCCAGUCCAGAUUUGAUGAAGGUGCUGGAGAAAGAGCUUGGAGAGAGGCUGCAGGCGAUCAGGCCGGCCAUUCCUGAUGAGGUGGUGGAUCAAAAGCAGAGGACCCACAUCUCGCUCUACCGAGUGUCAGAUUCUGGAGGGAAAAUGCAGAUCACAGAAGAAGCCCAGCGGCCCUUGGUACAAGAGAUGUUAAGCCAUGAUGACUGCUAUAUAUUGGAUCAUGGUGGGAUGAAAAUCUACGUAUGGAAGGGGAAAGGAGCCACGAAAGUGGAGAAACAGACAGCCAUGUCUAAGGCCCUGGAAUUUAUGAAGAUGAAAGGCUACCCUCCCACCACCCACCUGGAGACUGUGCAUGACGGAGCUGAGUCGGCCAUGUUCAAGCAGCUGUUCCACAAAUGGACAGUCCAGGACCAGGCAGUUGGGCUUGGAAAAGCCCACAGUGUGGGCAAAAUUGCUAAAGUCAACCAGGAGAAAUUUGAUGUCACCAUCUUGCACACUCAACCAGCAUUGGCAGCUCAGGAGAGGAUGGUGGAUAAUGGGGAAGGGAAGGCAGAGGUCUGGCGGGUAGAGAACCUGGAGCUGGUGCCUGUGGAGUCGCGAUGGCAUGGAUUCUUCUAUGGUGGGGACUGUUAUCUCAUCCUAUACACCUAUGAGGUCUACAGGAAACCCCAUUACAUCUUGUACAUUUGGCAGGGACGCCAUGCUACCGUUGAUGAGCUUGCAGCCUCAGCAUACCAUGCGGUGGAAGUGGACCAGCGGCUCAAUGGGGAGCCUGUUCAGGUUCGAGUGAUGAUGGGCAAGGAGCCACGCCAUUUCCUGGCUGUGUUCAAAGGCAAGCUUGUCAUCUUUGAGGGCGGGACAUCCCGGAAAGGUGGCCAAGAAGAGGAAUCCCCAGUGAGGCUCUUCCAGAUCCGUGCAAUGGAUGGCACCAACACUAAGGCCAUGGAGGUGCCGGCUUCUGCAUCCUCUCUCAACUCCAACGACGUCUUCCUGCUCAAGACCCAGGGAGAUCAUUACCUGUGGUAUGGAAAGGGUUCCAGUGGUGAUGAAAGGGAAAUGGCUAAGCAGCUGGCCACAACUCUCUGUGAUGGGCUUCAAGAGACGGUGGUGGAAGGCCAAGAACCGACAGAGUUUUGGGAGCUGCUUGGAGGCAAAGCCCCGUAUGCAAGUGAGAAAAGGCUACAACAGGAGUUCCCCGAUCACCCUCCUCGGCUCUUCGAAUGCUCCAACAAAACUGGACGCUUUGUGGUCCUCGAGAUAACAGAUUUCACCCAAGACGACCUAUGUGAAAGUGAUGUUAUGCUUUUGGACACCUGGGACCAGAUUUUCUUAUGGAUUGGCAAAGAAGCCAAUGCAGAAGAGAGGAAAGAGGCCCUGACGACAGCUCAAGAAUACCUGCAGACCCACCCCAGUGGGAGAGAGACCGACACUCCCAUCCUGAUCAUCAAGCAAGGUUUUGAGCCUCCCAACUUCACAGGCUGGUUCCUGGCAUGGGAUCCGAAUCGCUGGAGUGAAAGGAAGACCUACGAGGAGCUGAAGAAGGAACUGAGAGAUGCCAACAGCGUUGUCAGAACCACAGCUGAUCUGGACAACGUAUCCCUUGCCCCCAAACUGGGGACUGUGGAUGGCAGCAGCAAUCAUCAAACCUACCCUCUAGAAGUCCUUCUGUCCAACCAAGAAGAACUACCUGAAGAUGUGGAUCCUGCUAAGAAAGAGAAUUUCCUGUCAGAUGAAGACUUUCUGAGAGUAUUUGGAAUCCCCAGAGAAGAAUUUGCGGCUUUCCCAACUUGGAAACAGCUUCUCAUAAAGAAAGAAAAGGGACUUUUCUGAAGAAAAAUAAUGUCGGCUUUCUAGAUGUGGCAGAGGCACCUAUGGUUGUUCCCAAGCUAUUUGGGGGCCUGCCCAAAAUCCAGAAGCAGCUUGGCUUACAGCGGGAGUCUGUGUAUUCUGCCUUCCAAUGCUACAUCCUCUCUGUGCCUACUUGUGCUUUGAAUGUUGAUUUCAUGUAUUUUACUCAAAGCUGCUGCUGCUCCCCAGAAAGUUAAUUUUUUUACAUAUUCCUUUUAUUUCCUUAAUUCACUUUCACACCAGUUUACAGAAGUGAGAAAACUAACCUGCGUUAAGACAUUGUUGCUAAGGCUUGAGAAAAUAUAGUGAUAGCAACUGGCAAAGAUCUACUGUAUUUCUGCCUAAGGGAAGAGCAGUUCCCAGAGAUCUGAGCCAUAUGAAGACUGUUUUUUUUUAAAUAACUGUACUGAUGAUACAAAUAUUAAAAAAGGGCUUGCCAAGUUCUACCUGACACGCAGCUAUUCUCAAGAAAUCCUGAGACUUGUAGUUUUCUAUAUAAAAGAAGUAUUACAGU